UUGCUGAAAAACCUGUUUUUAAAUUUUUUGUUAAUAAUCCUAAGUUUUUGCGGUGAAUAAAAAAAUAUUGAGUGAUUCCAGUGGUGAUUUAUCAACAAUUGGUCGAAAAUCUGUGAAAUCCUUUGUUUAGUUUUUGUUUUUUUGGUUAAAAAGUGUAAAAAUCCUUUUUUUUCCGUUAAAAAAUCAAUUUUCAAGCAACAAUUGGACUUCUGGAGUGAAAAAAAACACCGAGUGAUUUAAUUCUUUCGUUUUAUCGUCAUUUUUUUUUAGUUUUCUGGUGGAAAAUCGUUUUUCUGAUAUAAAAACAAUUCAAGUGUUUUGAUCCUGAGUUUUUCUGCGGAGGCGUCGGCCUAUGGAGCAUUACCUUCCCCUGUAGAAGGCUCCAGGCAAAUUAAUGCCCAAUGGCGCGCGCUGGUACGCAGCGCUGGAGAAAUCCCGCCCCGGAAGGUGACGAUGUUCAACGAUCGAUCGAACUGCUGGACAAGGUGCUCUCCGAGUACGACGAGCACGGUACAGAGAAUAGCGGAGUCAGUGAGAUUGAGACUGGGGGUGAGGAAGGUAGCAGCGCCUCGGGCGUCGGUGAAGCCGUUGAUGAGGGCGACGCCGACGCCGAUGGGGAGGCACGUCGUGGCAGCAGUACUGAGCCAAGCAUCGGCCUCACACCAGACGACGAGAGCCCUUCUCUAGGACAUCAGUCCGAAGACGACGGUUACAUGAGUAUGAACGGUAGAAAAGCAAAAAUGGCACUGGUAGCACUUCGUCCAGUGCCGGAUUGUCCCGAGCCCCAGGAGUCAUCAAACACGACGAGUAAUGAGUUUCCACCGCCGCCGGAAGAGGCUGAACGCAUUAUCUCCACACUCCUACCCAUUGUCUCACCGGGCAAUACCUCGAAACGUCGCAGCACCGGUGGUAAAAAUUCACGCAGAUGUGAAAAACAGGCGGAAGAGUCAAAUCGCAGUCGUCAUCAUCGCGGGCACACCGUGACGAUUCAAACAACUCUCCCUAAAACACGUCGCCGAAAGUUGCACAGUCUAUGGGACCGUUCCUCGUCCUCCGACCCUCGUCGCACCUCCACCUCAAAAUUCUCCAGUCUUCCCCACGACGUUCCCGUCACCUACGACUGGAUCUUCGCCUCGACCCCCACCUACGCCCCUCCCCCCGCGUCCUCCCACGAACGGCGUCGAAGAAGACGCUCAUCCAACCACUCGGACCCCCCGAACCCCCAGAACCACCAGACCGAUCACCAAAACGACGUCAGUGAUCACCAGAACGACGUCAAAGACCACCAAAACCCUCGGGCUCCCUCUAAAGAGCUUCCCCCGUACAUUCCCACCGACUUUUCCCCUCAGAAUCCCUCCCGCAACCCCAAAGAGGACGACUACGACGACGAGGAGGACGAGAACGACGAAGAAGUCGACGAAGACGAGGAAGAGCGAGCGGACGAGGGUGACGAUGACUCUCGAGUCGAGCAGAAUCACUCAGACUCGAGUUGCGACGGCAGAUUCUCAAGAAGACGCCGAAGAAAACGAAAGGGAUUGGGUCGUGGUGCGUCGGAAUCCGAGUCCGAGCGCUACUCAAUGCCCAGAUCAUCGUCAGUAUCAGUCGAGCGUUUCUCGAUGCGAGCGAACUGCGACUCAUCCGAUUUCUCUCGAGCGAAUUCCACGUCGAACGAGCGAUUUCACUCGGACUUUUCGCUCGCCGUUGCGUCAGCCAGCUCCAACGAUCGCGUGUCGGCGCCGACGUCCGAUCCCUUUUCAAUCAGAAAUCUGGACUUUGCAGCUUCGGCUUUUUCACUGGGAAGAGCAGACUCGUGCUCGGAAAGAUUCUCGGACGUUUACUCGAAGAACUCAGACUUCUCGACGAGAAAUUCAACGGACUUCAGGACACAGAGCGAGGAGGAGGAGAGGUUCAGCGACGACUCGCUGGAGGAAAUGCUGAGGACAGUGCCACCGCCACCACCACCACCACCACCGAUGCCACCACAGCCGAGUGUCUGCAAGAGGCACUCGAUCGCGUGGGAGGUCUCCCUGGAUGAGGAUCCUUUGUAUGCGCCGGGGAGCACGAAGGUCGUAGGGAGACGACGGAGGAGGAGCAGUGACGUUUCCAGUGUCGGUUCGGUCUCAAAACUCCGAGACCUAGACUACGACUGGCAAGAGCCGCACCGUCGUUCCACAACCGACGACGACCUGAUCUCCCCGUACUCCGCGGACUCCUCGACAAAUGAACUCGACCGGCCCUUACCAAAGCGUGACUACCCCACCAAGAAUGGUACCUACGUGAUAAGAGGACGGACAAGAAAGCGCGAGCGCAAGCCCCUGAACAUCUCCCCGGGUGGCACCAAAACCAGAAAGGACGCCCCAGACAGCGUCUUCAAGCGUUACUCCAACACCUUCGACGACAUCAAGAGUCUGCUGAGGGAGGGCCGACUGGAGGGCCUGAACGAGCCACCACCGGACUUCGUCCCACCAGUGCCCCCCGACCUCGUGAGGGUGCUCUCUCUUCCGGCCUUCGACGACGACAAGUCCCCAGAGGACGAUCUCUCCGGGGACUCCAGGAGGCACCAGAACAAUCUCAACAAUCUGGACGACUACCUGUCGUCGUCGUCAUCAGCUUCGUCACCACCACCACCAGCACCGGACCUCAAGUCCAGGUGCAAUGGCGUCGCAACGAGGGGAUCUCUACCCAUGUCCAAGAGCUUGGACAUUCAGAGUAGCAGACACGAGCCCGAUGACAUCAGGAAGAUGAACAAGAGGGCUUCGUCGAUUUCCAAGAAGGACAAUCGUUUCGAACCCUCGAAAAUUCCGGUGAAUGUUCUGAUUGAGGAUCAGAUUGUCAAAAAGGCGUUGAAUGAGAACAGGCGACAGCUGGAGAAGGUCAGCGAUGCGAUUAAGGAGAUUGAGAGUGUGAAGAAUAGCGAGAAUUUUGUGGAGGCCAAGAGGAGGAGUGGGAGGAGGGAUGAGGAGGAGGAUGGGGGGGAGGGUGCGGAGGAUGAGUUCGAUGGGAGGAGGGAGAGGCUCGAGGAGAUCGUCUACGGGUCGGGGAGGAGGCUCAAGGAGGUCGACGCGCUCGGCAAGAAUGAUCAGAGGCAGAUUGAAAAUGUCAUUGAUGCCAUUUUGGAGGACUCCAAAAAUCCGGACUUCCAGGUCAGUGUGGAAGUCCUGGAAUUCCCUCCACUCCCGCCCUCUCCAGUGGAAGAGGCUGACGAGGAGUCUUCGGACAUUGCAAUCCCUCCAGUGACUGUCACAAGCCAUUAUGGCUCCCACAGAACGCGUCCAACUCGGACGAUCGAGUACAGACCCCGGGUCCCCCCUCAUCGGGCAGCACUAGAGUUGAAGGAUCACAGAACAUCCUUGGACACGACUAGAUCCAUGGAUGCUGGCUACACCAGGGGCAGGAGGACACCGACCGUCCCAUCCAACUCCAGACGAGAUGUUCCGGUGGAGAGACGGACACUUCCCACUGAUCUUCCAGGCCCGUCUCGACGAAGAACAUCCACCCGGGCCUCACCCUCUGGUGAUAAUCCCAUGGGGACACCACUGAUGGGCUCUAUUGCACCACCAAGCAACUCCGGAAUGCAAACGUCAUGCUCACUACCUGAAACUCCAGUUUUCGCUCGGGGCAGUGACAUCACCAGGACCCCACAGCAUACUUCAGGGAAUACUUUGUCAACGACAACUUCAACAAAUUCAACGGCUGCAACACAGCCCAGGAGACAGCCUGGAUGGUAUGCACCCACUACUGCCACCACCGGAGGGUACAGAAGGAACAAUCCGGGCCUGGAGCAAGCGAUAAUUGGUACCGAACUACUUCGCCUAGCAGGUGGACCAAAUCGUGGCUGGUAUCCAACACGCAGAGCUGGCAAUCAACCACGUCCAGCGUCAAUAGAGCACUUGGAGCGUCUUAACAGUGCCUACGAGUCUCGUCUACCAACAACUGGAGAACAGAGAAAACCACUGACACUACCGACAAACAUCACGCCCAACAAAUACUUCGGUCAAAGUAAGCACAGCACAGCAGCUUCCGGUACACGUGAGGCACUACGGCGGGUCACUAGCUUACUCAUCAAGAAAGGAAGUGGAAAGGAGGCCAAGGGGUCAGGCAAGGACAAUGUAUUUCCAUCAGGUCCGUACUCCGGUGGCGAGCCAAGCGAUGCACCAAAGAAAAAGGGUUUCUUCAAGAACUUCUGGAAGCGUUCGCGUCACUACUCCCUCGAGAAUCAAUAGCCCCGGUGUUACGUCUCAAUGGCAGCUAGAACCAACCGAAACGACACAUCCUCAUCGCGUCGUCAAUCCAACAACACUAAAAAUAAUCAACGCAAUAACAACAACAAUCAGCAGCUACAACUAACGACUGCCAGUAUCAUUGAAAAUCCAUGCUGCUGCAUUGCACAGUGACUUCAGAUGUAUGUGAUUGCGUUCAUCAGUUUGAGUUACUCUAGGAGAACAGUGGAAAAAAAUAAAACUGUUCCAGAAUUAAACGGAAAUUGUUUCUUCUCGAGGCACUUACCUUCUGUUUACCGUUUUGCACCUCGAGAGUAUCGCUGGCUUUGAGGGACUUUGAGGAAGUUUAAAUCGUCUCAGAAUGCCCUGACAUCGCCCAACAAAGGGAAGGAGAAGAUAAAUCCUCAAAGGAGCCGAGAAAAAAAAUGUCGAAUUCUUUAUCAGAGAGCAAGAGAAAGAGGAAGAGUUCUAGACCGGAAAGUGGUGUGUGCGAGAGUGUGUGUAUGUGUGUGUGUCGGUUGAUAGUGGCCCGAGGCACCACUAGAUAAAACUUCAAAAAUUCUCCCCUCUCUCGAGACAAUUAAAACAAUUUUUUAACAAUUAAAAUCCCCAAAAAUCGACAAUUAAACGAAAUUAACCAUUAAAUAAACAAUGAGUGAUUCUAAAUAGUGAUAAUUCUCUGAACUAUUAAUUGAACACUGUACUCCAUUGAUAAUUAAUUAAUUAAUUAAUGCAUUAGUAUGUAAAAUCAUUAAAGAGUAAAUCGAUACUUAAAUUAAUUUAUUCAGUCUCAGGACCAUUGGCGAGACUGUUGAGGACAUGGGGAGGAGAUAUUUUUUCAUUACGAGAAUUUAAAAAAGGAGGAAAAAAAAGAAAGGGGGAAUUAUUGAACAAUCGUGUUGUAAUCAUUAAAUAAAAUGUUAUCAUGCACUAAUACUAGUCGAAA